AUGGGAGAUUGGAACUUCCUGGGUGGGAUCUUGGAGGAAGUGCAUAUCCACUCCACCAUGGUGGGAAAGAUCUGGCUGACCAUCCUGUUCAUCUUCCGGAUGCUGGUGCUUGGCGUCGCUGCAGAGGACGUGUGGAACGACGAGCAGACCGACUUCAUCUGCAACACCGAACAGCCAGGGUGCCGCAACGUGUGCUACGACCGAGCCUUCCCCAUCUCUCUCAUCCGCUACUGGGUGCUGCAGGUCAUCUUCGUCUCCUCACCCUCUCUGGUUUACAUGGGCCACGCCAUCUACCAGCUGCGAGCUCUGGAGAAGACGCGCCACACUAACAGGGCAGCAUUGCGUCGGGAGCUGGAGGCAGUGGCCGUGGAGCUGAUCGAGGUGCGGAGACGUAUCGAGAGGGAGAUGAGACAGCUAGAUCUGGGGAAGCUCAAUAAGGCCCCGCUGAGAGGGUCCCUGCUACAGACCUAUGUGGCCCACAUCGUCACCCGCUCUGUGGUGGAGGUGGGCUUCAUGAUGGGCCAGUACCUCCUCUACGGCCAUCACCUGGACACUUUGUUUAAGUGCGAGAGGGAGCCGUGCCCAAACGUGGUGGACUGCUUUGUCUCCAGGCCCACGGAGAAGACUGUCUUCAUGAUGUUCAUGCAGGGCAUCGCUGCCGUCUCCCUCUUCCUCAGCCUGUUGGAGAUCACGCACCUGAGCUACAGGAAGCUCAAGAAGGGCAUCCUGGCCUACCACCCACACCUGAAGGAUGACUACUACCAUAGCAAAUCGGAAAGAAACUCUGACGUCAAACAAGUUAACAUGGGGGGAACCUCUGGGGACUGCAAGCCUGUUAUCCCCAGCGGACCCAGUGGGUACACACUCCUGAUAGAGAAACAGGGCAACGGACCGACGCAUUCCCUCCUCAAUGCCUCCUCUGCCUUUGUUCCUAUUCAGGUGGACCCUGGUAUCAAGCCAUGUACAGACAGUCACAAUAAAGCCAGUAAGGAGGCACUGCCAAGUCCUGAGCACAACAGCAACUCAAAGAACACCAACCGUGAGACGACACGCUCUGCCCUUGUGGACAAGAAGGAUGAGCCAGAGGACCUUGUCGUGCAUCCUCUUCCCCACCAUGUAGAUCCUCUUACCCACCACAUGGACUUCACAGGGUCACGGGGCUCUGAGUACCCCACCCUACCCGUGCUACCCUUGAUGGAUGCCUCCUCAUGCCCGACCCUUUCGGUCAUUGCAAGAAAACCACGGAGGGUCAGUGCCCCCUGGAACUGUUCCACUGUGGUGGAGGGGAAUGGCUCAGACAGUGGGGACUCCUUCCCUGGGACUAUAAGCAUGAAGCCACGCUGUAGCUUUGCUGCCAGCCGAGCCAGGGCCUUCUCUAAGCCGGACACCAAGAGACUGAGCAGGCCCCAGAGCCAGGACUCAAUAGGAGAACUGAGCUCAGUGUCUCGGCACAGCCGCGAUGGCAACAGCCCUCCCGUCUGCUCUCCCAACCGCCGAAUGUCACCGGCAAGUAACGGCAGCAGCAGGCGAGCUCCAGGCGACCUGCAGAUCUAAGGUUUAUUACCUUAUCUCAUCAUGUCACAAGAAACUGUUACGACGUUAGUGCUCCCGAGUGGCGCAGCUGUCAUUACAGACCCUGGUUUGAUUCCACGCUGUAUCACAACAAGCCGUGAUUGGGAGUCCCGUAGGGUGGCACACAAUUGGCCCA